GCACCUGGCGAGACAAAAGUCAUGGGAUUUUUACUACUUUCCAGACAUGUUCUAGUCUCCUGAUUGGUCACCAAAGAUUCAAACUUUUUCAAAACUUCCUUCUGUUUUGUUUUUGCCCAUCUUCAAAAUUUGCUCUGCACUCUCCUCACUCUCACUUCAAAUAAAAAAAAUUCAAUCUUUAUACUUUCUCUUUGAUCGGGGAGAGAGAGAGAGAGAGAGAGGGACACCAACUUUCUCUCUCUAAAUUUGGGGUCAGAGAUGAGGCCUAAUUGGGAACUCACAAACUGCUGCAACCACGAGCAAGUCGUCUUCCUCAUCACCGUUGCUGUCUGCACUGUCGUCAUACUUGCUCUUUGGAGGACAGUACUUCUGAGACCCUUCAAGCUUGUCACUGUGUUUCUUCACGAGGCGAGCCAUGCUAUUGCUUGUAAACUUACAUGUGGUCAUGUGGAAGGGAUUCAAGUUCAUGCAGAUGAGGGCGGAACCACACAAACCCGGGGUGGUGUAUACUGGUUGAUUUUGCCCGCUGGAUAUCUUGGUUCGUCCUUUUGGGGGAUGCUCUUGAUUCUUGCAUCCACAAAUCUCCUUACUGCUCGAAUAGCUGCUGGGUGUUUUAUUGCUGCUCUACUGAUUGUACUGUGCAUAGCUAAAAAUUGGAUGCUUCGAGGACUCUGUAUAGGAUUCAUUGUUUUUCUCGGCGUAAUUUGGGUUCUGCAAGAAACAACAACAGUUCGUGUGCUUCGGUACAUUAUUCUGUUUAUUGGUGUAAUGAACAGCUUGUUUUCAGUCUAUGAUAUCUAUGACGAUCUUAUAUCCCGUAGAGUUCGUUCUAGUGACGCCGAGAAAUUUGCAGAAGAGUGUCCUUGCUGCACUGGCUGUGGAUGGGGUGUCAUCUGGGGUUUUCUAUCUUUCGGGUUUCUUUGCGGAGCCAUGUACCUUGGUCUUGUGAUUUUGUCUUAGAGGUUACCAAAUCCGGUAAAAUUAUUUGGCUGCUGCGAAGUUUCGACAGCACCAUGUCUGUGGCUGGCAAUGGUCCGUCGCUGCCACCGCCCACGAGCGCCAUCUAAAUACUGUCAAGCAGAUUUUUUCGUCAUUCUUAAGCUUCUAUCGAUUCAUUCUUUCAAACGAUUUGAAUCUCACAGAGACGAUUUAUCCCAAUGAAUUUUGUUUGCUACAAAUCUAUUAACCA